CCGCAUUGGGCGGGGCUAGUUAUCACAAGAAUGGACGCUUUCGGCGGGCAAACAUUUCAUUAAACGCAUUGUAAUGUGUUUUCUUACGCCAAAAUUUAGAUAUUUUUCAUUUCGCUGCCAAAGAUCGCUACAAUGGACAAGGACACCGCUUAGAACUUUAUGUUCGAAGAACGACGGCUCUGGGAGGGAACGUCCAACGAGAGUAAAUGAGUGGUGUCGUUUGUCCCGACUUUGCGUCCUGAUUCAAUCUGUAAAGUUCGGUCACGAUGGCUGACCCCGAGCAGAUGGAGGCAGAGGAAACCUACGUGGAGCACCAGUACAUGUGCAGCGAGUGCCAAGAGCUGUUCGACACCCUGGAGGAUGUCCUGAUCCACCAGCAGAUCCACACCGGCCAGGAGGUCGACGGCGACGUUGUGGAGGGCAUCUCCCUGGCUCAGAUGGGGCAGAACCAGCAGUUCCAGUGUCUGGAGUGUGGGGGCCUCCUGCUGAAUGCAGAGGAGCUCCUGCAGCACCAGGAGAUGCACAUGCAAGAGGCUGGCAUGGAGGUGGAGCAACAAGGAGAUUCUUCUUUGCUAGUGUGUGAGGUUCUGGAGACGGAACACACCAACACUGAGGCUCAGAUGUCUGGACCUGUUCAGUACCAGUGCCUGGACUGCCUGGCUCUGUUUGACGCGCCUGAGAGCUGGCUGGAGCACCGGCGGACCCACAGCAGAAGCAGCACGCACAGCAACACGGAGACCACAGAGUAUUUGUUACAGCCGGACGGUUCUGUCACUCCUCUGAACAACGUCCAGAACUAUGUGCUGAGUGAGCAGCAAGCAGGGGAGAUCUUGGCACAGGUUCUCGCCCAGCAACAACAACAGAAGUCUGUUUCCAAGCAAGCUGCACCCAGCCGCUCCUACCUGCUGCCCCCAGUGACUCCAACUCCUGGCUCCGCCACCAUGCACCUGCAGAUCCUCACCGCUCAGGCUCUGGCGGACAGCUCCACCACGCGGGGUCAGCGCCGCUCCAAGCUGCCGCCUCUGCUGCCCGCCGUGAGUCGGGGCUCCUCGGGAAAGCUGUUGGAGAACGGCAUACAGAGGCUGGAGAUGAGGCUGACGCAGAGCGAAGAGCAGCAGGAACAGCCGACACAGGUGGUGGUCAUCCACCCCUACGAGUGCUCCGAGUGCUCCCUUCUGUUCCAGACGCCCGAGGACUUCCUGCUGCACCAGGGAGAGCACUUCCUCGGCCAGGACAAGGAGAGUGGGGAGUCGGGGGUCAUGGGUGCUCUGGAGGAGAUUCGGGGGCGGCAGGAGACUUCCGAUAAGAUGGAAGGAAUGAGGAACAGAGUAGGGGGCAAGAGAGGAGGGGCCUGGGCCAAACCCUUACAGUGCGAGCUCUGCAGCCGCAUCUUUACCUCAGUCAACCGCCUGGCUGCGCACAAGCGUGUGCACGAGCAGGGCACACACGAGUGUCCAGAGUGCGGCAAAGUGUUUAAGAAGGCCACGUCCCUGCAGACACACAUGCGCACACACUCAGGUGUGGCGCGCUAUCUGUGCGUGGACUGCGGCACGGGGUUUACCACAGAAAUGACUCUCAUCAUGCACAGGAAGUCCCACGUUGCAGACCCCCUUCACAAAUGUCAGUUCUGCAGCAAAACCUUCACCAACAUGACCAAAUACCUCUACCACCGCCGCACCCACCUAAACCGUGAAGCAUCUGACACCCCCAGCUCUAUGGUUUCAUGUCCUACUAGAGCAUCUCCCACUGCUUUAGCCAUACUGCAGAGAAUAAGAGCAAAGAACUGUGAACGUGCCAAAGUCAACCUGCUCGCUCCUCUCACUGAGGAAGAGAUGGAAACAAUGGAGAAUUCUGGGAAAAGUUCUCCCAGUAACGUGGAUGCAGUUGAAGCUGGCAUGGAGGAGGAGCAAAGCAGCAACACGAAGGUGUCAAAACCAACGGAAGGAAACGUGGAAGAGCAGGUGGAGGUGGAGCGUGCCCCGGGGUCAGACUCGGCCUCGAAUGACUGCAGAGAUCCGGGCGUCCCGCCGAGUCCUGCUGCUUCUGCAGAAGCUCCCUCCACUCCAUUGUCAGACAAAGGAGCCUUUUCUUGUCGUUUGUGCCCGAAAACCUUUCCGUCCCAGCUGCAGCUCACACACCACCGGCGCAAAGCCCACGCCACGGAGCGCAGCUUUGUGUGCGGCAUCUGCGGGCAGGCCUUUAAGAAGCAGAUCAACGUGCGGAACCACAUCCGCACGCAUACAGGCGAGAAGCCCUUCCAGUGCUCUGAAUGCGGCAAAACCUUUUCUCUGCUGGCCAACCUGAUGAGGCACACCCUCAUCCAUUCCGGCGUGCGCCCGUACCGCUGUGACGUCUGCCACCGCUCUUUUUCCGUGUCCUCCAACCUUCGUCAGCACAGCCUGCUGCACUCCAACGCUGCCACCCUUACCUGCCCGGACUGCCCCGCCACUUUUCGCACCCCUGUGAAGCUGGCAGCCCACCGGUUCACCAAACAUCCGGGGGCUCCGGCCCCUUUUCCCUGCCCCCACUGCGAAGCUGGUUUCUUGAACAGGAAGCAAAGAGACAACCACUGUCUGGAGCAGCACCUUGCUGUGGUGCAGGGCGGGGCACAGAUGGAGGAGACGCAGGAGGCCCAGGGUCCGCCGCAGCCCUCCACCUCAGCAGCGGCAGGGAUGAAACCAGAAGUUUCAACCAGUUUGGUAAAAGGAGGUUUGGAUUGUAAUAUUUGUGGGAAGAAGCUAAACUCUCCGGCCAAUCUGAGACUUCACAGACUGAGCCACUUCACCCCGGGCCUCGGGAGGCCUCGCUGCAUCCCCGGCAAGCGGCCCAAAGCUCACCAGUGUCCCAUCUGUGGGAAACUAUUCGUGUCCUCCUCUGGUGUUGCGCUCCACCAGCGCGUCCACACGGGCGAGCGGCCGUUCCCGUGCCAGGUGUGCGGGAAACGCUUCCGUCAGAACACGCACCUGCGGGAGCAUCUGCGCACGCACUCGGGCGAGCGGCCGUUCCGCUGCGAGGUGUGCGGCAAAGCCUUCAUCCAGAGCAUGCAUCUGGCAGAGCACCGCAGGACGCACACGGGGGAGCGGCCACACGUGUGCCCCCUGUGCGGGAAGGCCUUCAAGACGUUCUCCAACCUGCGCAACCACAAGAUGACCCAUGACAGGCAGCAGAGGCUGGACGAGGAGGCCGCUGCCCAGGCUGCCAUGGAGACCGGCUCCACUGUGGCCGUGGUCGACGUUUCCACCUUGGACCUAACCAGCAACCAACCUCAGCUCAUCCAGAUCCAAACUUCCGAUCUAGAGCCGGUGCAGGGAACCCCAACCAUCAUGUGCGACGAGUUUGGGGAGACCAUCGCCAUCAUCGAGACCACGGAGGGAGGAGCGCUGCCUCUGGAGCAGGCACUGGAAAUCUAUCACACAGCUUUGGAGAACGGCCUGGCCGUGGAGACGGGGGCUGUGGAAGGUCUGCAGCUGCUCUGAGAGAAGGUUAAGGCCAUCACAGAACUGAAAACAUCCACACAAGUCUUAAUACUGGCAGAACGGACAGCAGACCUGUAUUGCCUGGUUCGAUCUAGAGUGAAAUAUGGAAAACGUGCAUCUAGAUUGAUUGAUGGGGUAAAUAAGGACCAUGGGUAGUGCCUCAGACCAUAUUUGUAUUAAUUUUUUGUAAUUAUUUUUAUGGAUGUGACUUAUUUUCAGUUUUGUAAUAUUGGUGUAUAUUGAUCAAAUAAAUAAUUUUUUCCUCUCCAAUAUGAUCGAUGGUUUGCAGCCAGAGUGCCAGCACAUGAAAAAAGCAUGUUCUUGAGGACAAAGUUUGUUUGCAUAACAUGACUUUUACCCCCGGGGGUAUUUAGUUCUGAGAGAAAACUGACAUUUUGAAUUUUAUAAUAAAAUAUUUAACUCUCUUCUUGGAUCAAAUCUAAAAUAACAGAGUGGGGCAUUAUUAGGCAUAAGUAUUUUCUCUCCAGGUGUUUGGUCUUUCUGCUUAAAAGCUGAUAUAUAUGAGCCAACUUGACUCUACAGUAUUUAUUUACAACCCAACCCAGUGGUUUGCAGAGACACAAACGGCUCUCUGAUCAGCUCUCUGCAUCAUCUUCCUAACUUUGACCAGUUUUCUCUCUGAGAAGGUCAGGAGAGCGAUAAAGUGACAAAUCAAAUGCAUGUGUGGAGGCUACUGAAACUACACUUGGAGAUUUAAAAAAAAAAAAAA